AGGAGGAGGAAGACGAGAAGGACGACGACAACAACGACGACGACGACGAGAACGACGAGGACGAGGAGGAGGAGGAAGAGAAAAGAAGAGAUCGCGACGGUAGCAUCGGUCGUGAAGGUGGUGCCGUUCGCCGAAUUCCGGUGUCCGGCGGCAAGGAGUAGGGAAGCGUGGCGUUCGCGCGUUCGCGCGUACGUGCGUGCGUGUGUACGUGCGUGCGUGCGUGCGUGGCGGGCGUGCGUGCGCGCACGGUCGCGUGGGCGAACGCACGCUCCGCAGCAUACCCGCCGCGCGCAUGGUAAAGGGGUACGCGAGAGGCCGGGCGAGGGUGAGGCGGGCUGCUACGGCGGUGGUGCCCCAAGGAUCGGGAUUCGAGUCGAGAGCUCCGUUCGAAUCAGAGAACGCGCGAUCGCCCACGCGAACGGUAACGCGCGAAUCGGACGCGGAACGCCGAACGCGAAACGAGGGUAGAUAAGGCAGCAAGAUGACUUUUUUCGAAUUAAUAACGAAAUAAAAAGAGAGAGAGGAAGAAAAGGAGAAAGAAUAAGAGAGAGAGAGAGAGAGAGAGAAAAAGUGUGAGAGAGACAGAGACAGGGAGAGGAUAAAAGAGAUAGUCCGUCAGACAUGAACACUUCGAUGGUGGAGAUACUCGGCAAUGACAGCUACAACGUCAGCACCAACGGUCUCGACUGCGGCGGUGAGCCCCAUCAAUAUUCGACAUGGGAGCGUGUGAUUAUAAUAGUGAUCGCCGCCUUCCUCAGUAUCAUUACGGUCCUCGGCAACAUUAUGGUCAUGGUAUCGUUCAACAUCGACAAGCAGCUACAGACAAUCUCCAACUAUUUCCUCUUCAGCCUGGCGGUGGCCGACUUUGCGAUCGGUCUCAUCUCCAUGCCCCUCUUUACGGUGUACACGGUGCUCGGUUACUGGCCGCUCGGGCCCCACGUGUGCGACACGUGGCUCGCCCUCGACUAUCUCGCGAGCAACGCGUCGGUCCUCAAUCUGCUCAUCAUCAGCUUCGACAGGUACUUCUCCGUCACGCGCCCGCUCACCUAUCGAGCCAAGAGGACCACUGUCAAAGCCGCCUUCAUGAUCGGAUCCGCUUGGGGGAUAUCGCUGCUUCUUUGGCCACCCUGGAUCUACGCGUGGCCGUACAUCGAGGGUACGAGGACCGUGCCGAAGACCGCGUGCUACAUCCAAUUCAUCGAGACGAACCACUACAUCACCUUCGGCACGGCCAUCGCCGCGUUUUACGUUCCUGUCAUGAUAAUGAUAAUCCUCUACUGGCGAAUCUGGAAGGAGACGAAGAAACGUCGGAAGGACCUGCCGAACUUGCAGGCCGGCAAGCAAGACACGAGCAAGCGCAGCAACUCGAGGUGCGACGAGGCUUUAAAUAUGGAGGAUUGCAGAAGACAGCGAAGCGAGUCGAGCACCGCCGAUGAUGUCUCGCACCCCACGCACGUAGCCGUUUCCUACAUUGAUAAGCAUUACCCGCAAUACAAGAGCCACAGGCCGUUCUCUUGGACCUGGCUGAAGAUGUGGUGCAUCGCAUGGUGGCACAGCGGUCGAGACGACGAGGACGACGACGAGGACAUCGCCGGACCGGAGAGCAGUCGCACCGGAAUCGGUUACGAGGUCGACACGCUCACGCCGAUGUCUGCCGAGACGCCGCUUCCCAGCACGGCAUCGCGGUGUCCCUCCAUCAGCGCGAUACAGGCCGCAGGGAUCGCCCUGGACAAGUCAGCGUUGCAGCACGAGUACAAAAGGCCGACGCGGCCGGCCGGCCUCAAGACUCCGGUCUCCAGCGAUUCCAUUUAUACGGUUUUGAUCAAAUUGCCGAGCAACGGCGGAAAAUACAGCGAGGGGCCGAGCAUAAAGAUGAUCAACGACGAGACCGUGUCGAUUCAGUUGCCCAGUAUGUUGGAAGACAGCGAGGACGACGGCAGUGCUGGAGGCGAUGCCAGCAAGCUGUUCCGUCUCGGCGGCGGGACCAUCUCGAGCAUCUCGAGUCCGUCGACGGUGACGAGGAGACCGUCGCAGAUGCCGGACAUCAGGAUACCGCUGAACGCGAAGAACAUACCGAAGACGCUGACGACGGGCAAGGGCAUCCUGAACAAGCCGCCGAACAAAAAGAAGAAGAAGCUGCAGGAGAAGAAGGCCGACCGGAAGGCCGCGAAAACGCUGUCGGCUAUCCUGCUCGCGUUCAUCAUCACGUGGACCCCGUACAACAUUCUGGUACUCCUCAAGUCCAUCACCGCCUGCUCGUGGAACAUACCCCAAGAACUGUGGGACUUUUUUUAUUACCUUUGCUACAUCAACAGUACCGUGAACCCGAUGUGCUACGCGCUGGGCAAUGCGACUUUUCGCAGAACCUACGUGAGGAUUCUCAAAUGUAAGUGGCGCAGCAGGAACCGCGGCACCGACCGGGGAUAAUAUCGGUAACUCGACGACGAUGACGCGCGCUUCGACCUUUUUGCAUCGGGGAGGGGGGAGAGGGGGGCAGCCCUCUCUUCACGCUCUCUUCCGAUAUCAGCACACCACAGAAUUGGGAGUCAACGACCACGCGCGCGCGCGCGUGUUCAUCACACGAAUACACACACACACACACACACACACACACACACAUAUACCGGAGCAACGCUGUAUUAUUAUUACUACUACUACUAUUAUUAUCAUUACUAUUAUUAUUGUUAUAUCGCCAUUUACUUUUUCUCCGUUUUACGCGUUUCUCAGAGCGCACGAAGAAGCGGAAGCGAGGAGACCGGCGACUGCCGCGAAUGAGUUUGGCACCCGCGACUGCCAAACCAUCCUGUUCCUAACGACAUCGCUCGACGUUACCGGUAUACGUCCGUUACCGGUCGUUUGAAUCGCGCAUCUCGUCGGACCGCCGCUGGGGUCGUAUUCUGUAACUCUUAACGACAGCUAGGGAUAUCGUUACGUGUCGUUACGCAGCUUUUCUACCAUGUAUAAUAUCUGCGCAACGACGCUGUAACGAUACCGAAUUGUCGUUAUGAAGUUAGAGAAUAGGCCUACAGGAUCGCGCGCGACGUCUCACGUCCGAUCGGCUGCUCGCGCUGUCGUCACGUAGAAGAAGUAAGACUGUUUCCUUCCGACGGAUUCUGUGCCGAAUCGUCACGAAACGAGAGAUCGACUCCUCGACGACCGCGUCGCGUUUCCGCGCGCCAACGACCGAUCAGAUUUUUCAGGGGAAAUUUUAUUAAUCGUCUGUAAUUACCUGGCUAAUUCGGUUAUCCCCCGACGUAACGUUGGAGUUUAACGCUCUCUCGAACAUAAUUGUAUCACUUCGUAAUUACAUUGGUUUAUUAACGCAGAAAAAAAAAGAAUUAAUCGCGAUCCAAUACACCCUUAUCGGGGAAUUAACGACGUGACACCGGGCGACGUGAACGAGUCCCCCUCCUCUCCGUACGAACGUAGGGAUUUGUUUGUUCAUAAUAUUCUCGGAUAAUAUCUCGAAUUUCGACGGCACUGAUAUCGAUCGUCUAUAUCGAGACGCGUGAAUAUUUAAUGAGGCAGUGGUUCUUAAGCUUUUUUCAGUGGCUCGACUCUCGGGGAGGCCGAGGGUUCUCAGUUCGGUUGUUACCGGGGGAACCUCGACAGUCGUCCCACGGAAUUUUUUUUCAUUCUCUCGAAAACUGACGUGGACGACGCCGUGCAAUUAUGUCAUUACGGGGAAUCGGAAAAUCGUCAGGAGAGAAGAGUAGGACGUGGUCUCGUUCGGCCGUCGACAACGCACUGCAACGCACUACUAGUCAAAACGCGCGCAGCACCGGUCUCCGAGUUUCGCAGAGAAGUAAUCGUGACACGUGGAUACUGCCAUGAAAAUAUAAUGUUCAUAAAUAUCUCUCCGGAUGUCGCGCGCACCCGCGCGAGUCGCGCGAGUUCGGAAUCAUAUUGCGUGUUUGGUGCCCUCGGGGGGGGACCGAGGUGCACCAGUACCUUUUCCUCCCCCGAUGCGAUCGUCAUCGUCGUCGCCGCGGAGGAGGCGAGUCGCGCUGCUCCCGGGAGCUUCUCUUCCGGAGGUGGAGAGAAGAAAGGGUGCGGCGACGGUGGCGAGUAGCAACGGGGAGAGUAGACGAGGAAGAAGAAGCUAAAUCGCACAAGAAAACCUAUUUAAGUAAAAAAAUAAAAAAUAAAAAAUACCAAAAGGAUAACGAUAAUCUUCUGUGCGCCGCGUAGAGUCGCGGCGGGCGACGCAAAACAUUCGAUGUAAAUUCUACGACGUAGCGAAGUGUAAAACUGUAAAUGAAUGUGUUUAAAUGUAAUAAUGCUGAGAGGGAGAGAGGGGAAGGAGGUGGGGAAGAGGGGAUUCGAUGAUAGGGGCUGGGACAGCCAGCGGAGUACGGGAGGAUACUUAGCGAUUAGGAAAAACGAGAGAGAGGGAGGAAGAAGAGCGGGAGAUUUAACGUUAAAUCGAAUUCUUCCGUAAAACUAAAAUAACAUUCUAAUUAUACGUGCCAAACGAAGCUUUAAAAGAUUAUACCAAGAUUAUACGACGUGAAAGAAAGAGAGAUAGGGUGAGACGAGGCGGAGCGAAAGGGAGGAACGUAGCGCACUCUCGAUGCUAUUGAGAAACGAGAUACCGAAAUAUAUAGUUAAUAAAAAAAAAAAGAUUAAAUAAACUAACAAAUAAAAUAAGAGCACUGUGUCGAGCGAUACACGACUUUAGCGAUCGAAGGCUCGUAAAUCAAAGUCAACCGUACGCGCGCCGACAUGCCUAUAGUGACCUCAAGACUGCGAGCUCUCCAUUUUCAUCCUGGCGACUGUACAUUUAUAAUUAAAUACCUCGCGUAAUUUUACAAUGUAGCAAGAGGACGCGAUCUUUUACAUAAGUGUACUUUGGGCAGCUUUCUUUUUCGUUUUUUUUUUUUUCCCCACGGUGUCAUACGUGCUCACGUGAAUGUCAAAGUCGAAAACUAAAACUGAUUCUCUCGGUUAAUUUCCACUUGGCGCGAGUGCUCUCCCGGGAUAAUCCCAGGAGUGGAGUUUGAGGAUGUUCUCUCAUCCCUCGCGUAUCGUAUUCACCCUCGCCAUUCGAAGCAAGAAACAUAAUCGCUGCUCGAAGAAGUGCGACAGCGACGUUCCUAUGUACGCGUCGGCACGCGUGCGUUUGUACCUUGUACAAAAUACCCACGCACACUAAACACGCACUCUCGCGCGAUCAGCAUAUACAUAUAUACACGGUGCAGUGUCGCGGAUAGUACGUACAUACACGCGGGGAUGUAUUUUACGGGGAUGAGAAGAGGCCGUUCCCGGUCGAGUGAGAAUCACGCGAGAGCCUCUUCUCGGUUCUUUCCCACCCUCCCCUUCCCCCACUAUCCUCCCGCGAGCGAGAGGAGACGUUCUCGCGAGAUUCUCGGCCGGGGAGAUCCCGUACGUUGUGGAUCGGCGAGGAAAAAAAAAGUCUCGACGACAGAAACGUUGAUCACGGAACGAACCUAGGUACAUCAGGUGGAGACCGCGACGGUAGUUACGUAUCGGCAGCGUAAUUAAGUACGAGUAUAAUAAUUAACCAAUGAUUUUCGAUCUAUUAUUCGGGUACUUUUUGAUACGAGGAUUCGCGCUGAUCGAUUUGGAGAACCGUUACACGAGCGAUUAUACUGAUAAACUGAUACGUGAUUUCUGUUUCCCCGAGGUGCGAUGAGGCUAAAGCAUCGAGCUGUUUUUUAACGAAUUUAAAAGCAUUCCUCCUCCCAUAGAUGUGUCAAAGAGUUUCGAGAAAGAUCUCCCGAUAACAAUUAAGGUAUUGUAAGCGUAUAUAAUUAUCGUUUGUUAGCCGUAAAUCUUUAACGAAGGGGGCAAUACGGAAUGUCGCGACAAAAAGACUAAGAAAAUCUCAAAAAAGAAAAAAGAAAAAAGAAAUAAAAAUAAGGAAGACGUAUAUCCGUAUAAUCUCUCGCGUUUUCUGGCAUUUUUAAACAUACGGGGGAAGGAAAUAACGUAAGACUCGUGAUAUUUUUUUACCUUUAUAGUCGAUCUCGCGCGAGAUUUGAUCCUGCAUGACGCGAACCUUAACGAAGCGCGUCGAUACUAAAGUGCGGCGGUAAAACGCGAAUGGGACGGGUGAUACAAUGACGUUCGACGUUAUCGUUGCGCUUGCACUUUUCUUCGUAACGCAAGAAAUGUCGAGAAAACAAUGAAAUACGGGGACAUUUCGAAACGAGAAUUUUAGGCUUAUAGCGCUUAUAGCUUUUUGUCAAAUUCGCAAUUCUACGAGCGCGAGGACUGAAACAGGCGAGAGUUCCAGGCUUUCGGAAACCCCGGGCAAAAACUUUUUUCGCGUUUUUGGAGAAAGAUUAUCGUGAUAAUUUGCGAAAGGCUCGAAAGACGACGUUUCAAAGACUUCGAAACUUCAUACUUUGAUAUUUUGAUGCACACAGAAUAAAAUUGGAAUUUAUAGAUCUGAAAUGUAUCUGCGGAGACUGCGUGUGGAUUUUUUAAGAAAAAGAAGAACAAAAUGAUGAAAAUUUAUUUAAAAGACGGAGAGGCAUUGAUAGAGUGUCUACAAAUUCAUUUUUACUUUCUCGAUCCAGAGAGAUAAAGAAAAAUUAUAUAUUAUAUUUCUCGGAAAGUAAACGUUUAAGUAUAAGGAUAUUAAUGUGGCUAUUAAUGUGGCAAUUAGUAUGGCAAGAAUACUCGCCGUAUUUUAAACACAGGCGUAAAUGUAUGAGUCCUUUUGUAUGAAAACUUGUGUUUUUUUUUAAGGAGUGUCAGAAAUGCAUCGUAACUUUGGGAAUACAUUAUAGAAUCCGUCGUCACGUUGAGGCUCCAGUUCAGCAGUAAGAAACAUUACUCAGAAAUUCAUGACAAAGUAUUUACCCAUCUAAGGUGAAUGUUUCAAUUAGUGACCAUGUCCUAGUUAGUGACCAGGCACAUAUUUAUUGGAAUUGCAAGGAAAUUCUGCAAUGCAUAACGGCAAUAUUAAUUUUUUAACGUUCUAAUUUCAAGGUAGUAGCGUUUUUAUCAAUUUUCUAUCUUAAUUGACUAGUUUAAGCAUAUUAAAUGUGAGAGCGUUAUCAUUCAAAGCGUGUGGCGUGUGUAACGAUCGUUGGCUUAUAUGACACGCUAGAUUCAUAACGCACUUGCAUCAGUUAGGGCCACUUGCACCAACGCCGAUUAACUUAACUGCCGAUUAAGUGUCAAAUGUGAUUGAUUAUUUUAGAUCAAUUCUACGACAAAUGCGAUUGAUUAAUUCCGAUAGAAUAAUCAGCUGAUUAAGUUAAUCGGCGUUGGUGCAAGUGGCCUUUAAUAUAUGUUUAAUUACACGUUUUAUCAGAAAUAGUAAUAAAAGUGAUCACUUAAUAUUAUUUGGAUGUAGAAAAAGUUAACAGUAAAUGCAUAUGUACUACAUGGCUAGAUGAAAAUCAAAUACAAUUGUGGUGGUCACUAAUAUGUACCGAAAAACGCAUGUGUCAAAAUAAUGACCGAUUAGAUAAAAUAGCUCGAAAUAAUGUGGUUUUUUUUUUCAUUUGCGUCAGGAAAUAGUCUUGUGUUAUUGUCAAAUUUUAGUUUAUUUUAUAUUACCUUGUUUUGCGGAUUUUUAACGUUAAAAAAGUCCACACAGUAACUUAAAGUAAUGUAAAUGAUUUCAUAGUCUUCAUUAAAAAAAAAUUAUUAUUUGAGACAUGAUUUUGAUACCAAUUACUGACUGUAUUAUUUCGUUAACGCAUUUCAUCAUAAAAAUUGACUAAAUAUCAUUGAUGAGUGAAUAUUUUCUCGGGAAAAAAUUUUUUAUAUCAAUUAUAUAUCAAAUAUUUAUAUAUAUUAAAAUAUAUAUAAUUAUGCAUGAUUUAUAUAUGUAAUUGUAUAUGAUUUUGUAUAAAAUAUGUCUAUAUAUAUAUAUAUAUAUAUAUAAUUAUACAUAUUUUAUAUUUAAUUGUAUAGAAAACAUUUUUUACCGGGUGUAGCUACCGCUUGACGGAAUGAUAAAUUUCAUUACUAAAGUUCAUUACUAAUUUAAAAAAGAAAAUUGUCACAUUAAAAAAGUGAAUAUUUUUGUUACGUUACUUUUACAAAAUUAUUUUUUUUUAAUCGAAAAUUGAAUUUUUUCCUUGUCCAAAUAAAUUUUCUCAUGAAAGUUGCAAAUUUAUUCAUUUUAACCCUUAAAUACUUGGCACUUUGCUUGAAGUAGACAUAUUGCAAUCCCGGUCAAUAAUCAGACACUAUUAACACAUGCUAAACUAGACACCAAUUAUUAAUCGGGCCAAACAUAGGUCAUUAAUUGAGACAAGGCAAACUUGAACGGUCACUAACAUGUACAUUUAUACAUAGCGAUAUAUCUGUUAUUUAAUGAAUAUGUAUAGCAUCACAAAAUUAUUAGCGAUCAUUUUCUGUCAAUCAAAUGCUCUAGCUUUCCUACAAUAAUAAGAGUUUCACUUGAAA